UCCGUCUGGCCUGCUCAUUCCUGACCAGGGAGCUGAGCCUCCCAUCUGGGCAUGCUCGGCUGCAGGCAGAGAGGGCCAAGGAGUAGGGGGAGGCUGGCCUGGCCUCCAGCUGUCCUGACCCUCCUCCUGCCGGUGUCCUGCCCAGCUCAGGGCCUGUGGUGCCAGGACUGCACCUUGACCACCAACUCCAGCCACUGUGCCCCAAAGCAGUGUCAGCCGUCAGACACGGUGUGUGCCAGCGUCCGGAUCACCGAUCCCAGCAGUAGCAGGAAGGACCACUCCGUGAACAAGAUGUGUGCCUCGUCCUGCGACUUCGUCAGACGGCAUUUCUUCUCGGACUACCUGAUGGGGUUCAUUAACUCGGGGAUCUUAAAGGUCGACGUGGACUGUUGCCGGGGGGACCUGUGCAACGGGGCAGCCGGGGCGGGGCACAGCCCCUGGGCCCUGGCCGCGGGGCUCCUGCUCGGCAUGGGGCCUGCCCUCCUCUGGGCUGGUCCCUGACCGCCCUCCUCCUGCAGGGCUUCGGAGCUGGUUCCUGGGCCUGUCGCUGCCCCCUCCCCAGCAUGGCCAGGACUGGGGCGGCCUUGGCCGGUCCCGUGGUCUGGCCCUGGCCCUUCCCCGGUGGCCAGACCUCCCUGCUACUCCACCAGCUCUGAACCAGAAAACCAGGCAUCUGAGCAGGAGGCCUGGGGUGAGGGCAGGGGCUGGGACCUGCAGGUGCCCAUGGGGAACAGAGGCCAGGUCAGGCAUGGCCCCAAAACCUGGCCAGAAGGGCACCUUCUAUGGAGAAAUAAAAUCACUUCUGAGU